AUGUCGGGUGCAGUGGUCAGUGAACGAUCGUUGAUAUCGCCCGCUAAUGCCCAGCGUGGAUGGGCCAGGGCUGCCCAUAGGAUCGGGUGCCCUAAUAAUAAUAMUAAAACUGGUGAUCCCAGCACUAGUAGUAGUAGUAAUGAUGAUGCUAUUAGAUUUACACCYGAAAUGUUUGAUUGUCUAAAAUCAAAAUCAGCCGAUGAGCUAACUAACCUYAUMGAUCAUGUCGGUGAUGGUAMRCCUWUUUUUCUACUAGUGCCCGAYGAUAUAAUUAUACCCAAACWRUUUGACAGWCAACUAAYUGKGUUUAACAACAAACAGGGUAGUCUGAAUCUACUAUUUGGUACUACCCAGGAUGAGGGUACUAUUAUGCUACAGUUCCURAAYCSWCAAAAAUAUGACAUACACGGAGCACCUGAAYCUGUWGAUUAUGAUAGUGUAGUCCAYGAUUUUCGGACACUUAUMUCCAUAUUUAAACCYAAUMUWAGUCUAGAAACUCGUGAACUGAUUGUYAAGUUUUAUUUUACUGGUCUAUCCAAUGAUACCCAACCGGAUCGGUUGCGCCAACAAUUGGCUGUAGCCCUGGGCGAUAUGGUUCUGGGCUGUUCAAGCAUACAGUUUGGCCAAUUAGUACAUUCAAUAGGUGGUGAUGGUGGUGCCCAUGUCUAUCAAUACUAUUUCAAUAGUAAACUGGGUCAGCCUAAACUGUUUUGUAGCCGAUGGUCGGGUGCCUGUCAUUUCGAUGAUAUAUACUAUCUGUUUGGUAACCCCUACAUGGAUCCGGAUCGUUAUCUGAAUGAGGAACGUCUACUAUCCAGACAUAUGAUCCAAACGUUUACAACAUUUGCCAAAUCGGAUAGGCCAUCAGUACCUCUAACUCCUGGUGCCCAAUGGCCAGCAUAUUAUAAUAUAGGCGAUCAACUAAUACGACCGUAUUAUGAGUUCAGUGAUCAGCCGAAAAAAUUUCCCAAUAAUUUUGGUCAUAAUCUCAAACAUAUUGAAUGUCAAACGUUUUGGACGAAAAAUUAA